AUGUCACUCCCAGCAUCCCUCCCCGGUCUGACCACCCGUGAAGCAAUAACCGACUGCGUCUACCGCUGCGUCAAUGCCUUCGACACAAAUGACCUCUCCCUCCUGAACACAAGCAUAACAGAAGACGGCGUCCUUGACCUAAACGGCAAGAUUAUGCGCGGCCGAUCCGCAAUCCAGGCCGAGUGUUUCGAUGUCGUCGCUAAGCUUGACACGACGCAUUUCGUCACCAAUGUCCGUGUGAAUAUCAUUGAUCACGAGGCGCCGGAACCGUCGAAGGCGGCUAUCAGUGCUACCACACUGGCACAGCAUUAUCGGAGUGGCCAGGGCACGAAGCCGGAUGCAACACGGUACCUGACGGGGGCGCAUUAUUAUAUCGAUGCUGUGCGUGACGAGAAGGAUGGGCUGUGGAAGGCGAAGUAUUGGAAGCUGAAGGUUGUCUGGACGGAGGGGGAUAUGGGUGUUAUAACCGGGAAUUAA